AUGCUCAGAUUACACUAUAUUGGAUUACAAAUCUAAGAAUCGAUAAAUCAUUUUUAAUCAUUAUAUAAAAUCUUUUUCUAAAUAUAACAUCGUUUUUAAAUCACCUACUAUGAUUAACCAAAACACAGGUACAUGUAAAUUUAAAUCGUUCUAGAAUCGUCAAAAUGGGACUGGGUACCUGCUACUCAAACACUAGAGAUUACAAUCAAUUCGAAUAAAGUAUAAAUAGAAACAACUCCUUCAAUUGUUUUGACUCACCCCGAGGGAGAUGCCUAUCCUGAACCAUAUGUUACUUUGGUUAUUGACACUGAGAAACAACUUAAAUAUUCCGAAGAAUUAGGCUGGAAUUGGCAUAAGAGCUGGAAUUUGCCCAAUAUUGUGGUUAGAUUAGAAGUAAUGACCUUCUCACAUUAAUAGAUUAAAGAUUCGCAAACAUAGGAACUUUUGCUUUCUCCCAAAAAUUUGUAUGCCCAAUUGUAUGCUGUUAAAAAAGUGCAAGAAGGUACCCGAGUCAUACUUCAAGAUGUCGGAUUAAGAGGAACAAGUAAAUUGGAACUAAUUGAUGGUCAAGCAUAUUUUUCAGCAUUGAGAUUUGCAUCAACCUCAUAUAACAAUGAAGGCGUGAAAUUUCAUUUAUUAAUGAGUGUGUACAUUCAAAAUUCUGAUACUGAAAAGCCUCAAAUAUUGAAUUCCACCAUUUCUCCUCCUAUCUUCGUAGACAGUCGAAAGAGUGCAGGCAAUUCUGAACAAAAGAAACUAUAUUUACAUGCAGAACCCUUCACUUUUGACUUGCUAGAUAAAAAGUACUUCAAGAGAGAGAACAAAAGGAAGACCGAACAAGACGUAGAAAUAGAAAAUGACUUCGAGAGUUUGUUUAAUUACUUGACUGCUCCCAACAUUCGUCACAAGGUGAAACAUCCUCUAUUUUUAAUCAUCAAAUUUUCUACUUGUGUGUCUCUCUACUAUAACCCUAUGACUGUUGAGGGGAAUGUUAAAACCAUAAUGGAGAAACUCUAAAGCCAGUUGACCAAAGAUAUUAUUACUAAAUAGUUGAGUACAGCUGGUGAGAAACAAUUUUAUUUGUUGAUAGAAGAAAAUAAUGAUCAAAAUAAAAACAAAAAGGUGACUGAAGCCAUUGAUUUUCUCAAUACUGGCUGUUUGGAAAUCGUCAGGAAAGAAGAUUAAAUCCCAUCCAAAUUUGUUAAAUUGGGAGACUCUGCAGAAAUCUUAGAAAAUUAUAAAUAAUGCUUUGAUCAGCUAUUAAAGAUUUUCAAACAAUUAACAUAGAAGUUUUGUGAGAGUGACUCAAAUGAAUCAGAUGACAACUACUCUGACUCAGAGUCUCAAUUCCCAUAGAAGAAGGUCAAGCUAAACGAAGAGCAGAACAAACCCACUCAAGAAGUCAAGAAACCUAUUAUCCCCUCUGAAUAGAUACCUGUGUAAUUGCAACCUUAAUAACCAAUUGAAAUUGGUGUCCAACAAGCACUCAAUCAAUAAUAGUAGAAACCCAUUUAACAAUAACCAUAACCACCUAAAAACAAACCAGCAGAUGUCAUUAAUAAACCAAUCACUACUUAAGCACCCAAUCAGAUCCAAUAGAAUCCAUAAUUAUAGAACAAAAAAUAAGUAGGGCAACCUUCUUCUUCAUUUACUGCCCCUCAACCACUUCAACAACACCCACAACCACAAUAACCCCAAUAACCACCACCUAUAUAACAUCAACCUUAUCAAAAACCUAGUCAUCUCCCUGGAAUCCAACCCAUCAACAUACCUGCCUAAGGACUAUAAGGAGCUCCUUAACACAUGAAUCCCGCAUUCCCUUACUAAUUCUAAUAACCUGAUUCAAAUGCCUUGCAAUAAGUCAUGCAAUAUUAUCAGCUCCAACAAUUACUACUGUUGUAAUAGUAAUAAUAACUCAAUUAACAAUCCUUCCCACCUCAAGCAGGAAUGAUGGGCAAUCCAAUGCCAUCUUAACCAUUAAAUUAUAUGUAGGGCUUGAGUGGAAUGGGAAUGCCUUAAGGAUAAUUGAAUCCUCAAUCCUUGAUGGGAUAAAAUUAGAACUUUUAAUAACUACAACAACAAUUAUUAGCCUAAUAAUUGAAUUCCUAAUUGGGACUUUAAUCUGCCUUGCCUUAAUAAUUAGGAGCUGGAAUGAGCUUGUAAUAAUAGUACUUGUAGUAGCAAUUGUAAUAAUAAAUGGGCUUAGGCAGUUUUCCAAAUUUUAAUCCAUUGAUGGGACUUUACUAAGGAUAGCAACAAAACAUGAAGAAGCCUGGAGAGGGUUCAGGAAUAAUAAAAUAAGAGCCAUAAUGA